CGUGUGACGUCAGAGCAGGUCUGGCUGAGCAGCGCGAGCGCGACAUCAGUGCUAAAGACUGCAGCUCCAAGAGCAGGCGAACAGCUUCUCAGUGGAGCACCAGCUUAACCAUACAAUGCCCUUAGAAGAAGGAAAAGGAUGGAAAAAGAAGACAACUGAUAUUAAGGAAAAUUAUGACUUCAAAGAAGUCCUGGGAACAGGGGCGUUCUCUGAGGUGGUGCUAGCUGAGGAGAAGAGCACUCAGCGCCUUGUUGCUGUCAAGUGCAUCCCCAAGAAGGCGCUGGAGGGCAAAGAGAACAGUAUCGAGAAUGAGAUAGUUGUGCUGCACAGGAUAAAACAUAAGAACAUUGUUUCACUGGAGGACAUAUUUGAAAGUCAGACACAUCUGUAUCUGGUCAUGCAGUUAGUAUCUGGUGGAGAACUGUUUGACAGAAUUGUUGAGAAGGGUUUCUACACAGAGAGAGAUGCCAGUAAACUCAUUCAUCAGAUCUUAGAUGCAGUAAAAUAUCUACAUGAUGUAGGCAUUGUCCACAGAGAUCUAAAGCCGGAGAACCUUCUGUAUUAUAGCAUGGAUGAAGACUCGAACAUCAUGAUCAGUGACUUUGGACUCUCAAAAAUUGAGGACUCUGGAACAGUGAUGUCAACUGCCUGUGGAACCCCUGGAUAUGUGGCUCCUGAGGUUCUGGCUCAGAAACCCUACAGCAAAGCAGUAGAUUGCUGGUCCAUAGGGGUAAUUUCUUACAUUUUGUUAUGUGGAUAUCCACCAUUUUAUGAUGAAAAUGAUGCCAAGCUGUUUGAGCAAAUCCUGAAGGCGGAAUAUGAGUUUGAUUCUCCAUACUGGGAUGAUAUAUCAGACUCAGCUAAAGAUUUUAUAUGUCAUCUAAUGGAAAAAGAUCCAGUGCUAAGAUAUACUUGUGACCAAGCCUUACAGCACCCAUGGAUCUCAGGAGACACUGCACUCGACAAGAACAUCCAAGAGUCCGUCAGCGCUCAGAUUAAAAAGAACUUUGCCAAGAGUAAAUGGAAGCAAGCCUUCAAUGCAACAGUCAUGGUGAGGCACAUGAGGAGGUUACAGCUGGGCGCCAGCCUGGAAGGCUCUAGUCAAAUCACCACCACCAGCCCCUGCCACAGACAUCUGCUCCUGCCUGCAAAAGAGUGCCAACCAGAAGAAGAUUUGGACAGUGAAGAUGAGGAGAAUGGUUCUCUGGAUAUUGAUGAGCGACGGAACAGUGCUGAUCAGGACAGUGUAAGAAGCUGUGCAUACUGCUGUAGACCAACUAGCAGAGUCUGAGACAAACCUACUAGAGUGCAGAACCUAGGGAAGGGCAGCGAAUCCCAUUACGCACAUACAUGUAUGACUUAUCACCACCAGUCUGGUACUGAACACAGAGCUUAAUUACAAGUGUCCACCAGAGGGAGCUAGUGCAAUGAGGAAGACACCAAGAGUGGUUUAUGAGGAAUGAACAUGACAACCUGAGCGUGUCUUCAACUCUUGUUUUGUUUGACACCCACCUUUGGUUUUGUAUGUUUUAUGUUUUGUAUCCCAACCAAAGAAAUUCCUAAUUGUGAUGUAUUGAGACCGGGGAAAAAUUAUUCUCAAAAAGUAGUUUACGAUGAUUUCGUAUUAUUAAUAAUAUUUAUGAAUCAAUAAAAUAUUCUAGUCUGCUUUGUUUAUUUUGGCACUGAAAGAAGAGAUUAUGGAAUUCUGCUGCCACAUAAUAUUAAUCUUUCACAAUCAUUUACAAUCCCCUGCCUUAAUCCAUGGUGUAUUUUCUUGCUGAAUGGUUUGUGCACUGUUCACAAGCUGGUGGUUCACAGCUUUAAGCUAGAGCUCCCUUAUACGUACAUGGGACUAGGUUUUCCAUGGGCUGCUUUCACACUAGGCAUUUUUCCUAAAUAAUCACCAAGAGCAGAAAGUGAUGCCACUGCUUUUUUCUAUUACAGCAAAGUGCUUCCAAAAAACAACAACAAAAACAAACACUUUACAGAAAAAUGCAGAGUGACGUCAAGCACUUUUCAUCUUCUGAACAAUCAAUGUGCAGCUCAUGGGGGAAAGUGGGAAGAAACAUGGAGAAAGCAUAGAGGGGGAAAAAGAAUAUUCAUCACUCAGGGGGAACGGAAACUCACAAUGGAAACACGUUCACUCUAUCAUCUGAAGAUCAUGAGGUCAAAUCCUGGGUAAUGCUACAGCCAUCUGUACCUGGAAGCCUAUAGAGCAGAUUGGCAGCACUCUCUCAAGGUGUAUAUGUGUGUGUGUGUGUGUGUGGUUGGGGGGAGGAAUUAGGGGCGGCAUACUUCAUCCCUUCAGUGAAAUGCAAACUCACAUCCUUGAAGAGAUUGGAACCUUAAUCUAGCACCUUAGACAGCUUGACUACACUACAUUUUUGAAUAUACACUAUAGUGUAUAAUAAAUCUGACAUUUUCAAUGCAAUGUCAAUAUUUUUAUACUGUAGUGCAACAUUUAUUUGUAUUUACUUUAACAGACCGGUCCCUGCAUAGUUGUUAAAUUCUGUCUAUUUGCACAAGUACUGUCACUCAACCAAAGCACAGGCAAGCUGCCUCAUUUGCCACACCUUAGUUUCAACCAUUUUUAAAAAUAUAUAACCCCUAUUGUCAUAAUUAAUAAUUGGCUAGUUAACUUGUACUAACUAGGACCUGAUAGUAGUGUGGUUAUGGUUACACUGUGCAUGUCAUGUGAGUCAGCGUUUCUUUUCAUAUUAUCGACAAAGGUGCUUCACCCAGUGCUACGUGUAAAAAUGGCUAGGGUGAAAGCAGCCUUUAUUCCAAAGUCAAAGAAAAUCAUCAGAAUGGAUGUCCUUUUGUAAAGGGCUCAAGCUGAGAUCCCUGUAGUAGCUUACACACUCACACAUCACCAGCAUGUGUGAACUAGGAGAAUACAAUUUACAUACUGGAUAAGAUAUUACCUUAUGAAGAUAUAGCACAAGAGAUCAUAAUUGCUCCCUGACACAGUCGUUUUGUAAGAAUGAAAGACAGACACCUCAAUGUGUGUCAAAGUAAGGUACCAUGAAGUUGUUUGCAUUAGUGGUUUAUUGAGAGGCCUUGAUGUUGAGCAGGGAUCUCAGGUUUAAGUCACUGACCAUAAUCUGUACUGUGCUAAAAAAUGUUUAACGUUUGCAUGACCUCGUAAAUGUUUACAUAAGCGAUGACAAACAUAUAUUAUUAUUAUUAUUAUCACUAUGCUAACAUAAAAAGACAUUGAUACUUUUAUUGUAGGAUGUUGAAAACAAAGUAUUUUGGCACUAAUGGAGGGCCACUUUUGAAUAUUGUGUAAAAAGCACUUAGAAUUCAUUUUUCCCCCUUAGUACUUUGACAACUGCUUAUAUACUGUUGAAUGAAGUUUUCAGUGCUCAUUUGAAGGUCUUUGUUGUUUCUUCUGUCCAUAUCUACUCAUACUUAAAUCUUACAGAUGAGAUGACAAGCUUUGCCCCAUUUAAUCUAGUUAUUUUGUUAGUUUGGUGACAAGAAGAUAAAAGUCAUUAGAUAACAGCUCAGACUUCUUAAUUAUUACCAGUGCUUACGCAAUGCUUACUAGCUGCUCCCACAGCAUACUGUACAUUUCAGUUUUUAAGAAAAGCCAAACUGUCAUAGGUCCGAUAAUCCCUGAACUAUAAAGAGUCUAAAUAAAUGAGUUAUAAUGCUUAGCAUAAGUAAUCACAGAAGUAUACCAUAUGAUAUACAAAAAAAAGCCUGUGACAGUAUUAUGUAGAAGAAAAAUUCCACAAAAAGUUCCACAAAAUUACUUAAACUUUUAAUGUUCUAAUGUCAUGAAUUUAGAUUAAUUAUGCUUUAACAUCUCUAAUUAUUACUAAUUAGAUUUUUCCCUUUUAAUAUUGCAAUUACAUCAUGUUGCACUGGACAAUUAUUUCAAAUAUAAAAUGUCCAUUUAUGCAUUGUCAGAUUGUAAAAUACUUUUUUCUUUCUUUCUUUUUUCGUAAAAGCUGUUGUAACCUACAAAUAUAUGGAUACAAUGCAUCAAGGGAUAUUGUUUGGAUUAAUGAAAAAUUAAAGAUUUAUAUCCUUGAGGAUCUUGUAGCAGGUUUUGAAAUAAAUCCUCUUGUCUAUGCAUUGUGUACUCUGUAAACUGUAUAUGUACAGUGCA